AUGCCAGAACUUCGAGCUCUACGUGAACGUCUCCAGAUACUUGAAAGUGCCAUUGCAACCCAGACAAAUGCCGUAUCCGCGGAGCAGCAUGACAUGCAGCUUGCUGCAGUCCUGACCAAUGCCUCAGCCCUUCAGGAGAUCGAACCUCCUCAGAUAUACCCGAUUGAGUCACAAUGGUAUAUACCAGAGCUCCUGCGAUUCUACAGUGAAUCAAUUGCACUGCAGUCCCAGAAAAAUGACUCAUUUGGCAGACUGCGUAAUAUAUGGAUGACAACUGCUCUAGCAGACGCAUGCAUGUUUCAUGCCACACUAUUUGCUGCAUCUGCAUAUCUAGAUCUACUUCGAGGCGAAAGCAGUAACAUUAUCACAUUAUACCAUCAGACGGAAACCCUUAGACUACUUACCAGCCAACUUUCUGCCUCCAACAUGGAGGUUACAGAUGCCUUGAUUGCGGUUACGAUGACCCUGGCACAGACAGAGGCUCUUUCUGGUAACGCAUGUGUCUCUAGUGCCCAUAGCGCUGGGUUACAUAAAAUGGUGAACAUAAAGGGAGGUCUCGAAAAUUUGGGAAUGGACGGUUUACUUGCGGAGUUGAUAUAUGUCGGCGAUGUUAUGGAAUCUUUUCUCUCCGAUACAGAGCAAUCAUUUCGAUAUGCUACUGCCCCUACGCCUCCUCCCAUGGCACUCAUAUCAAAUAUAAUAUCAUGGGAAGUUUCUACACAAAGCCCCCCAUCCUUUGGCCAAAGUUCAGCCUAUAUACUUGGCAAGCAGUCUACCAGCCGAUAA